AUGGCUGGGAACGAGGAACGAACCUUCAUCGCCAUCAAACCUGACGGCGUGCAGAGGGGACUUGUUGGAGAGAUCAUCAAACGCUUUGAGCAAAAAGGCUUUAAGCUAGUUGGCAUGAAGUUAAUUCACGCAUCCGAGGAGCUUCUAAAGCAACAUUAUAGUGACCUGAAGGAUCGUCCGUUUUUUUCCGGCCUGGUCAGCUACAUGCACUCCGGCCCUGUUGUUGCCAUGGUGUGGGAGGGUCUGAACGUUGUUAAGACUGGGAGAGUAAUGCUGGGUGAAACAAACCCGGCUGAAUCGAAGCCGGGGACGAUCCGUGGAGACUUCUGUGUCCAGGUUGGCAGGAACAUCAUCCACGGCAGUGAUUCUGUCGACAGUGCCAACACAGAGAUCAACCUGUGGUUUCAGCCUCACGAGCUUGUCACCUACACGACCUGCACACACAGCUGGAUCUACUGA